AUGAUUGGUGAGGAUUACUCUGAAAAUCUCUUUAAUUCUCUUGGUUUUGAUCAUUACAAAGAUAUUCUAGCAAUAAGAAGAAGUGGUGGUUGUGUGGUGCUAUGGAGAAAUGAAAUCAAUUUAGAAGUGGUAAGAGCUGAUAAAAAUGUUAUUCAUUGUCAAAUUCGGCCUGUGUAUGGAAUGGAUUGGGAUUUACUAUGUGUUUAUGGUCCUCCUCAGGGUAAUUUGAGAAACAAGUUUUGGAAGAGUCUAUCAAGUUAUACUGCUCAGUUGAAUAAUCCAUGGUGCUUAGUAGGUGAUCUUAAUGCUAUAAACUCUAUCAAAGAAAAGAAAGGGGGAAGACACAGUAUGAGUAAUGUGAAUUCUGAAUUUAGAAACUUCUUGCAAGAUAGAGCUUUGAUAGACAUGGGUUAUACAGGACCUGCUUUCACUUGGUCAAAUGGUGCUACUGUGGAAAAGCCAAUUUUUGAGAGACUUGACAGAACAGUGUGUAAUACUGAUUGGUUUUUCAUGUUUCCAGAUAAUGGGGUACUCCAUUUACCAAGAAUCAGAAGUGAUCAUGCGCCAAUUUUAGUAAAUAUUCACAAAACCAAAAAGAGGAGGAGAAAACAUGCAAACAAGUUUGAGUAUCACUGGACAGAACACCCUGGUUAUAAAGAUGUAGUUCAUAAUGCCUGGACUGGAAGGCAACAAGACACUGUAAACAAGAUUCUUGAAGUGGGUCGAAAGUUGAAUGAGUGGAGUAGAAAGACUUUUGGUAACAUCUUCAGAGCCACUGAAGAGUGCAAAGAAAAACUUCUGAAGGUGCAAAUGGAGGUACAUGUUAGAGAUACCAGAAUUGAAGAGAAGCUAAUUUGUGAGGAGAUAGAGAAGCUUAAUGUUAUGCAACAGAAAUACUAUGAACAGAGAAGCAAGGUUCAAUGGAUACCACAGAUGGACAAAAAUACAAAAGCUUUUCACCUAUCUGUGAUGCAAAGGAAGAAGAAAAAUCAGAUAGAUGCUCUCAAGUUGCCUGAUGGCAUAUGGGUGACAGAAGAAAAGGAUAUUAUUCAUUACUUGGUGGACCACUUCCUGAUGAGUGCCAAAUAA